ACGCGCAGUGCGCUGCACGAGUGAUUUAAGAAAAGUUUUCAGUCAGUGAAGGUAGUACCGCUGAAAUAAAGAUGCCGGGGUACAAAUGGGUUAGGUACACGGGUGCUCGUUACUUCGUACCAGGAAUGAUCUCAGUCGGUAGGGACUUGGAUGGCAUGAAUCUCGUUGUCGGACGUGCUGUGCACCAGGGCGACACGCUUCCUGCAAAGGUGAAACCGGAACAUGGCGUGGCUUAUGUUUGUCACAAUGGCGUUGAGCAUAUAAAACACAACUUCGAGAUUUUAAUGCCCUCGGAGUUUAAGUGGAUCCACUCAGCAAAUGGUCAUGUCCCCCCACAUGCUGUCGAGGCCGGAACCACGUUGGAAGGAGAGAUGCUUUACGUUGGUCGUGCUUACCAAAACAAUAUACCUUGCGUGGGAAAGGUACACAGAAGUCACGGAGUAUUGUACAUACCUUACGAAGGUAGAGAAGUCCCAGUUAGGGAAUACGAGGUGCUCGUGCAAUGCUAAUUAAUAAACGUAAUGCAGUAAGUUCGAAACUGACUUGAGACUUGAUUAAAAUUUCUUCAAAUUGUAGAAUUUCAACAUGAAUGCGUCUAAAUAAACAUUAACAUUCGAACACAUCUACGUUACAAAGCUAUUCUUAUCUGAUAUAUUAACACACUUUACUUCACACA